CGUCAGAGAAGAGGCUACCCAACACCGGAAGUUUCUUCUGUCUGAUUCUUUGGUUUGGAAGUGCUGCGGGAUUCUAUGGAAGAGAUGUCAGGAGAGAGCGUGGUGAGCUCCGCAGUGCCGGCGGCUAGUACUCGGACCACCUCCUUCAAGGGCUCCAGCCCCAGCUCCAAGUACGUCAAGCUGAACGUAGGGGGCGCUCUUUACUACACCACCAUGCAGACCCUGACCAAGCAGGACACCAUGCUCAAGGCCAUGUUCAGUGGACGCAUGGAGGUGCUCACCGACAGCGAAGGCUGGAUUUUGAUUGACAGGUGUGGGAAGCACUUCGGCACCAUCCUGAACUACCUGCGGGACGGCGUGGUGCCUCUGCCGGAUAACCGGCGGGAGACGGAGGAGCUGCUGGCCGAGGCCAAGUACUACCUGGUGCAGGGGCUGGUGGAUGAGUGCCAGGCGGCACUGCAGAACAAAGAUGCAUACGAGCCCUCCUGCAAAGUCCCCUUGGUGACCUCAUCGAAGGAGGAACAAAGACUGAUCGCUACCUCCAACAAGCCAACCGUGAAGCUGUUGUACAACAGGAGCAACAACAAAUACUCCUACACCAGCAACUCUGACGACAACAUGCUGAAGAACAUCGAGCUGUUUGACAAGCUGUCCCUGCGCUUCAACGGCCGCGUGCUUUUCAUCAAGGACGUGAUCGGGGAUGAGAUCUGCUGCUGGUCCUUCUACGGCCAGGGACGCAAGAUAGCCGAGGUCUGCUGCACCUCCAUCGUCUACGCCACCGAGAAGAAGCAGACCAAGGUGGAGUUCCCCGAGGCGCGCAUCUAUGAGGAGACGCUGAACAUCCUGCUGUACGAGUCGCAGGACGGGAGGGGGCCGGACAACGCCCUGCUGGAGGCCACCGGGGGCGCGGCUGGACGCUCCAGCCACCUGGACGAGGACGAGGAGCGGGAGCGCAUCGAGAGGGUGCGGCGCAUACACAUCAAGAGGCCAGACGACCGCACACACCACCACCAGUGAAGACAUAUCCCUCUCUCCAUCUAUCCUUUUCUAUCUAUCUAUCUCUUCAUCACUCUAUCACUAUCUCUCUCGCUCUUUCUCUCUCCCCACUGGACGAGGAGAGGGAGCACAUCGAGAGGGUGCGGCGCAUACACAUCAAGAGGCCAGACGACCGUGCACAACACCAACAGUGAAGAAGACCUUCAUCUUUCGUCUCCUCCCCUCUCUAUCCCUCUUUCUCUCUCUCUCUCUCUCUCUCUCUCUCUGUCUUUGUAUCCCUCUCUCCUUCUCUCCACCCGGAUGAGGAUGAGGAGAUGGUGCGUCGCAUACAAAUCAAGAGGCCAGACGACCGCUCUCACCACCACCACCACCAGUGGAGACAUAUCACUCUCUCUAUUAGUCUAUCUAUCGAUCUAUCUAUUCAUUCUCUCUAGUACUAUCUGUCUUUCUCUCUCUCUCUCUCUCUCUCUCUCUCCCCCCACUGGAUGAGGAUUAGAAGAGAGAGUGCAUCAAGAGGGUGCGGCACAUACACAUCAAACGUCUAGAUGACCUCACACACCAGUGCAGACCUAUCUAUCUCUCCAUCAGUCUCUCUCCUCCUCUCUUUCCCUCUUUCUCCCUCACUUGGACGAGGAUAGCGAGGGCAUAGAAGAGGUGCGGCGUUUACACAUCAAAUGAUCAAACGACCAGGACUUUUUUCUUUUUCUUUCUCUGUCUCUCUUUCUCGCCAUUUCUGUCAAACUCUCUCAUCUCUCUUUCUCUCCUGUACUGUGAACACCCAUUGUCAUCAGAGACCCCCCCACCCCCACCCCUUUGCCAUCUCUUUCCCUUCAAUCCAGUCCUCUCCCUUUAGCUCUCAUUCUCUCACUCUUCCUCUCUUCCUGACCCUAGGGAUCUCCCACCAUCAGUGAGGACUUUCACUCUCUUCCUCUCCCUCUCUAUCCCUCUCUUCCUCUCAUUCUCUUUCUCUGACCGCUGUGAGCGGCACCCACCACCAUCACCCAUCACCAGUGACCCUUCUCUACUCUUUCUCUUUCUCCCUCUUUGUAUCCCUCUCUUCCUCUCAUUCUCUUUCGCUGACCCCCCGCGAUCACACACUCACGCCCAGCCCCUGGUGAGUUUGUCUACACCCUCCUCUGACUUCCUCUGCGCCUGUGCCUUACAACCGCCAGCUCUUCAGCUGGAACACCCACCCACAUACCACACACACACACACACACACCCUUGUCUGUCCUGCCCAUUUAUUUCUUUAAUUCUGUUAUUUCUCACACAUGCUCGCUCACAAAUACACACACACACACACACACACACACACACACUCUUCUUCUUUGCCUGUUUUUUUGUCUCUAUUAUUUUUUUAUACAACACAUGUAUACAGUAUUUUUAGUUGAAGUUUUAGCUUUGAAGUGCUAUUGCUGUCCUGAAGGCAGCUGUGCGGCGAGUAGGCCUUUUGUCCCGGGGCCAUCUCCGUGGUUACUGCGUGCUGGGGCGCUGGAGGCAUCGGGGAAACACCUCCUAGAGUGAGGACCAAGUACUGUACUUUGCUGUAAAGUGCUGAAAACAUGCAAACCACCACUGUAGGUUUAUUCCCAUUCCUUUUUUCGUUUUUCUUUUUUUUUGUCUUCUCAGAUGUGAGAUCUAUUGUACUGUUUUUUUUUGACGAUACAUGGGUCCCAUGCACACGCAUUCAGUUUAUAUCUACCAAAAAUGAUUUGAGAAAGACAAAAUUGAACUCCCAGUAAUCAAGGUGUUUACCGCACACACACACACACACAUACACACACACACACACACACACACACAUACACACAGUCAUCAGGGUUGCAGAAGAGUUGACGCUUCAGUUGUGUCGUCUUGAGCUGUAAAAAGCUUUUGGCACUUUGGGUGGACUUAUAACUGCUCAUGAUUAUUGAUCAGGGGUGCAUUUCUUGACCGUGUCGUUACUAACUUACUUGGUUGCAGUGCAAUUUCCCAUUGGCGGCCUACUAAGUUGUUAACUGGUUAGCAACAGCGCUUUUGAAAAACUCCUGUGCAGUUGACGGGAUGUGUGUUGCACUAUCGUUGCAUGCGACCUAACUGUGAUGGAGGGGACCAAGUCCCAAGAGAGAAAAAUGUACAGCAUCCAACAAAUGUCCUGGUCACACUGGUCAAAAGGGACGACACCAACAAGAAAACAUGAGCUGAAUCGAGUUCACUUUCACUCUCGUAUAGUAGCAUUUCAAUUAUUCAUCAUCGUGCUCGGCUUGUGGAGUGACCGUAUCAAGUUGUUGUGUGUCCCUUCUGAGCCACCGUAGCUGAGUGAGUGAUUGUCUCCUGAAGUAGCCUCUUUAUUCCAUCGUCUGCUGCUGGCCCAUUUCAAGUUGUAGUCAUCGACUAGAGUGACCAUUUGUGAUGUUUGUCGUUUGUUCUCUCCCUAGGGGCCUAAACUGUUAGCUGUGCCUCCCAAAAAUACUGUGUCUUCUCUUCGACGUUAUUUCAGAUUUGUUUGUUUUAGCCUAUUUUGCAUGUUUUGUUUUUGUUUCGAUUGGCAAUGUAUUUGUUUGUUUCUCUGUGUGUGUUUGUUUGCAUCUUUGAGCUUGUGCUCGAUGAAGUCUCAAUUUGUUCUGUCCUGUGUUGGAUUUCUGUUAAGGAAAUUAAUAAAUGACUUUUAAUUAAUUUCCUUAACAGUUUCAGAAUGUAUUAGUGAGUUGGGGAGUGCAGUAGACAAUGCUACACAUAUCCUAGUGUAGGCAACAGUGUUCAUUUGUUUUACCACCUCUCUUCGGUAUGCGGUUUCUGAGUGAAAACUAGGCUUAUUUCUCGAAGGAGUGUUGUUUUGUUUUGUUAUUGCUUUGUUUUUGUUUGUUUGUGGGGGUUUUUGGAGGGUGGGGGGGUCAAGUAUUCACAAAAAUUCAAAAAUUUUACUCCUGUCUUACAGGUCCAUAGCUAUACUAGCAACAUUGAAUCAUGAUGUGACUCCUCAAACAUACAUACACAUACACAGUCCUGUGUCCUGAACGCGUAAUUCAGGGAGUGGUCAAUAGAGGGCAGCAGUGUUGUGCAGACAGUCCCAAAAAUGUCAUGACUAACUGCAGCAAGGGAGUCACAUUUGUCAACACACACACACACACACACACACACACACACACACACACACACGUCAUAAUCCGUGAUGUGGACAACUGAUGCUAGGAGGGAGGCCUCGUGUAGUUAAGAGCAGAUCAUGUUCUACAUUUUGUUUAAUUAAUAUCAUUUAACCUUGUUCUCCCCCCGGAUUCAGAUUGGUAAGCGAUCGGCUGGAGGUUAAAACCCGAGACGUGUGCGUGCGUGUGUGCG